AUGAAGAAACAAAAUAGAUCAUUGGAUGAAUUGACAUUUGUUUCAUUUACCGGGAUCUGGGGGUCUAUUUAUUCUAUUGUCUUUUUGAUUUUUGUUUUGGUGGUUCAAUUCUGGACUGCAUUAUUCCCAAUUGGUAGUAAAGGAAAAGCUAGUGCUGAAAACUUUUUCCAAAACUAUUUAGGUGCAGUUGUCAUUUCGGUAUUCUAUUUGGCUCAUAAAUUAUACAGUAGAAGAUGGAGAAUUUGGAAGAGCUUGGAUGAUAUUGAUUUAGACACCGGUAGAAGAAAUGCAGAUUUGGAUUUAAUUAAAAUGGAAUUAGAGGAAGAGAAACUUGCAAAUAAGCAAAAAUCAUUCCUUGUUCGUAUGUUCAAAUACUGGUGUUAG